AUGUAUGAGAUAUUUUACUUUACUUUACUUUACCUCCUUCCUGUACCUCUAGGUGACAACAUCCUGGCAGUACUGAAGCACCUGGUCAUGUCUAAGGAGCUGGCGGACUCUUCCGAGUAUAGCCAUGGCAACAUGGUGUUCUUCGACCUGCUUGGCAUGGUGAUGGUGGCGUACCCGGCCCGUGUUGGCACCAUCAUCAACUACAUGACUGCCAUGGCAACCUUCCUCUACCUGUUUAAGAAGAGCUCCCAUCCCAGCAACGUGGGUAAGUGGUAUCAUGAGCAUAUUGGAUAUUUAUUCAUUCAUUUUUUGUGUAUUUGUGUUUUUAUUAAAUGGAUAGGACCGUGAAAAGCAGACCGAAAAGGUAGGAAGAGUGCGAGUCAGAAGGGCAGUGGUUUUGAUUCGAACCCACGCCGACAUGUGUUCCAGGUUCAACGGCACUUAUCACUAGGUCACACAUUAAUACAUAUUUAAAGACAUGACACUCGGCCCUCUAAUGGGUAUAGUAUGUUCUAUGUUUGUGAAGGAUGAUAAUGUGGUCUAAGUGUCCGUGCAGAGCAGGUUGGUUUGGUAAUGUAACGUGGAUACGGGGUAUUUUCUAGUGCAGUAUAGCCAACACCUAUGGUCGUUCGAUUUACAGCACAAACAGAUCUGUGAACAGGCUAGAUCUUUUUCUCUAAAGUAGGUUAAAGCUGAUGACGUGUGUAUGUCCUUGUCUCUCUACCAGGAGGUCGUUACGUGAAGGAGCUGGCAUAUGCUACGGUGGUGGUCAUCCUCAGCUGGUUCGUCACUCUGCUGACCGUGGUCAUCAUAGCCUUCGUGGUGUCACUGAUGGGACGAUCCAUGUUCUGGUACUGCCACUUGAAACACACA